AUGCGGCGCUGGAACCGGUACUACGAUGAAGACGAUGGUGAUGAUGAUGACUAUGCACAGAGAACAAGGGUGGUGCCAUGGCAAGGAGGAGAUGAUGAUGACGAUGAUGAUGAUCAGAGAGAGAGAGGGCAUUCAAGGGCGCCUCCUCCAAGACGUCCCAUCCCGCAGCCUCCAACACGCAGAGAUAAUCCGGAUGAUGAUGAUGGUGGUGGUGAUAAGAAGGAGGUUGUUGAUGACAAUGAUAAGGAGGAGGAUGAUGAUGGGAGAGAGAGUGAGGAUUUAGGAGCUCGUCCAAGGAAAGUUUAUCCAAAACCAAAGGAUGGUAAAGAUGAUGUAAGUGGUGCGUUAGCAGGGUUACUUGACAAGUUAAAUGUAUCUGCUGAAGAUGGCCAUGACUCUAAGGGUGGCAACAUCAAUGUGCACCUUCAUUUGGAAGGUAAUUAUUUUGAGAAUUUCACAUUUAGCAAGAAGGAGAAGGGUGGAGGCCGGCGUCAUUGA